UCGAUGGCAUAUCAACAUCUCUAUUUUAAUUGAUGCCAUAGAAUACAAAGUAUUAUUAAAUGAGCAAUUUAUUGCUGUGUCGCAUCAACUAAAUGUUAUCCGUAUUGUCCACAUUUCUGCCGCCGCUGCUGCUGUUGCUGCUUUGGACGCCGCUAACGCCAACGGCUCACGGUCACCAGCCCGAUGAGCAAUUCCAUGAAGAGCUAGUGGUGCGUCCGCUUGCCGGCGACCAUGUAAACACAUACUUUCAGUUCACCACGCGAUGGCACUACGGCGAUCGCAACAAUCUCUUUCACACACAACUAACGCCGCGCGUCAUUGCCGAAAUCCUGCAGACCUACGAUGUCAAGGAGCUGCACAUUAGCCUCACUCAAGGUUUGUGGCGCUACGAGAGCUGGGGUUAUCCUAUUGUGGAUGCCACCGGUGGUGCCGAAUUGUGGGCGUGGUUCAGUGCCAGCAAUUUGACCAACGAUGCGGUGAACAAACAAUGGAUGCAAUUGGCCAAUGUCUUCUCCGGUGUAUUGUGCUCCUCGCUGAAUUUUGUGGACAACACCAAUAGCAUUGCACCGCGUCACAUCUUUCGGCCGCAGUUCAUGCACCACUCCGGAGAGAAUGGCAAGCAGUUCGUUCGCUAUGCGACAUUGCCACGGGAAAUUGUUUGCACCGAGAAUCUGACGCCAUGGAAGAAACUGUUGCCCUGCGGCAGUGCAUCCGGUUUGGCCACAUUGCUCAACUCGGGCUUUGUGCACAAUACCAAAUAUCAUUCAUUGGGCGUCAAAGUGCGCACACUAUGCGAUCACGAUGAUGACAACAACUGUAUUGUGGAGCUCACCCAAACGGCGAAUCUGGUUUACGAUCUCAAAUUGCUGGAGCAGAGCAACACGGACUUUUCGUUGCGCCGUCUCUUCGGCAUGGGGCUGAAUGGUUACUGUGAGCUGGCCACCAGCAGUCGCAUCUAUGCGCAACGCAGCGAGCAAGGCGAACGCUUUCAGUUGGUGCCGCCGCCCGCAUUCAAUGUGAGCAGCAUACGCGGUGGCCAUCGGGUGUCAUAUGGCGUCUAUGACAUACAACAGCAAUUUGAGGCGGCAGCACCGGAUGCUACACGACUCUUUAACAUUGCCUGGAUCGGUGAAAAGUCAGUGGGAGGAGGACGGCGUCUGGCUGUUAGUGCAUUGAACUUGCCACCGCUUUAUGCGCAUCGCUAUCUGCUGGGGAAUGGACAGAAACGUGGACGCAUUGCCACCGAGAUACGCAACACACACUAUGAGGAUUUGCCAGUGGUGUUGCUCGAGCUGGUGCCUUGGUAUGUGCACGCCUAUUUGCACACGUUGCGUAUACGCAACAAGGAGCAACAACGUCGCGAAUACGCCACGGAUGUGAAUGAUGAGUUGCCAUUUAAGCUGCUGCACUAUGCGCCUGGGAAACAACGUGAAUUGCCCACACAUCUGGAGAUUGGUUUUGUGCUGCCGGCGAAGAGCAGCGCGCUGAUUACCAUCGAGGUGGACUAUUUGCUGCUCAAGUGGCUCGAGUAUCCGCCGGAUGCGAAUCACGGGCAUUAUAUUGGUGCUGCUGUUAUAAGCACACAAUUGCCCAUGGGCCGCAAUUAUAGCGCCUUGCCGCCGGAGGCACAUCUCUUCAAGGAUUCGUUUAAUGCGUCGCGACCAAGUUAUACGCUGACGCUGCGCACGGAGGCGUUGAUUGUGUCGCUGCCAACGCCAGAUUUUAGCAUGCCGUAUAAUGUGAUUUGUUUAGCGUGCACAGUGGUUGCAUUGGCCUUUGGGCCCAUUCACAGUGUGGCCACCAAAUUGAUGAUUGUCGAGCGACAGACGACGAUGCCGCGCAAUCUGUUGCGCAAGCUCAUACACAAGCUCAAGUCUCGCUGGGGUAGCAAGAAGGAGGAGGCAACAUCAGUGCAGCAGACAGCAACAGACGAAAAACAGCAGCAGCAGCAGCAUGAGGAGAAGGAAGCGGAACAGCAAGAGUCGGUCGUUUGUAAUGAGCAGAAGCAGGCGAACAUGUGAUAAACUGAGAUGGCAAGACUAGAAAUAGAAGAGCAUCGAUGCAUACUCGUAAUCAGCGCCUACUCCUGUUGCUCUUGUGCCGAUGGGGUGGCUGCCGAUAAACAUAUUCCAAAGCACGACAGUCAUUUCGAUAACAAAACAAUAUAAUGGCGCUUGACAUGUUUCGAUAACACUUGUUCAAUCAAAUAAAGCGCUUCAUGUCCAUAUAAAA